AUGGCGCAGCCGAGCGAGCUUGAAUCUGUCAGCCAGCGCGCAGCUUCAACGCCUAAGGAAAACACCAGAAGAUCAAAACACCAAGAAAAACGCAACGCCCCGAUCGACGACAGUGGGGAUGGCUAUGUCUGCGCAGAAGGCAGCUCGAUAGCAACUACUCCAACUCUAAACUUCCUAUCAAUCCACCAAAUUGCCCAAAUGGCAACACCCCUCCGUCUGUUGGUAUGCUCCAUCGGCAACCCAGCACCAUACACCAACACUUUCCAUUCCGCAGGUCACAACGUCAUCUCAGCCCUCGCAUCCUCCCUAGCAUAUCCCGGCUUCCAGAAGGUGCGCGAAUACGGCAACGGGGCCGUCUCCGCAGGCGCCGAUUUUACGUUGUGGCAGUCGCGCUCCCUGAUGAACGUUUCCGGCACAGGCGUCGCCGCAGCAUGGAAACAAUUCAUCAAAGAGACGAGAGGCGAAGAUGCGGCGCUAGUGGUCGUGCAUGAUGAGCUAGAGCUUGCUAUAGGGGACGUCAAGGUUAGGGAUGGGGGAGCUAGUGCCAAGGGCCAUAAUGGACUAAAGGACAUAGCGAAGUGUUUAAGGGGGCAAAAGUAUAAGAGGAUUGCUGUGGGGAUUGGGAGGCCGGAGAGUAGGGAACCGAAUGUUGUUGCGGGCUAUGUUUUGCGGAAGAUGAGCGGAGCGGAGAAGGCGAAAAUUGAGACUGCUGCUACGAAAGUAGAGGCUGAGCUGAGAAGGAUGAAGGGCAUAUGA